AUUUUUUUUUUCAUGUUUCUCUGUCAACUCUGCAGUUGUAUUUACUGUGGCAAAUUUGGUAUUGGGCAGUUUUUGAUUAUUAUUUAAAUGUGUUGAAUGUUGUAUGCAUUUGUGUCAAACCAGCUUUCCAGAGGCUAGUGGCUCAUGUGUAAUUGUUUGCAGGGGAGCACUCGAGAGCCAGGGUUGUGAACCAUUCCUCUAUUUUCUAGCCCUGAUCCUGGGGUCCCCUCAGCACUGCAGUUUCAACUUUUACUUUCUCCAACACACCUGAUCCAGCUCAUCAAGUAAUUAUUGAGCCUUUAAUGAGCUACAACAGGUGUGUCGGGACAAUUAAAACUAUGCAGUGCUGUGGGUUCCCCAGGAGAAGGAUUAAACAAACUGCUCUAGAGUCGUGUGUCCCAAACAUCAGUUCUGGAGGCCCACCUGCACUGCACAGUUGUUCCCUACAUAUCAUUAUCAGAUUCUUGCUUCCUCAGUCAGGUGUGUUAAAAGAUUCAGAUCACAGAAGUCUGGUGUUCAGGUGGACUACAGGGCUGGACUGGAAGAACUAGAGAAAACUUGACCACUGACUGGCAACACCCUUCCACCAACAAUACAUCCAGCCCGAGGGAUUCGUCUUAUAAAUGGAAUUGCCUUUAAGUUUUGAAUCAGUGUGCUGGAAUAUAUUGUCUCCCUUUUCUGGAACCUUUAACUGUGCUUGUAUAAAGAGGGAACACGGUGUACAAACAGCACUCCAGUGACUGAACCCGCAUCUCCAGCACAGCCAGGGAGUUUGUUUUGAAUUGCAGAAGGCGCGCUGUGUGGAGAGGAGAGGAGAGGAGGGGGCCAUCACACGCACCGCGCAGGCGCUGUAAACCUUGUGGGAAUGGCUGUUCUGUGAUCAGGGGGUUGGGCCGCGAAGAGCGAACCGAGUCUUAAAGAGUUUUUAAUGUCCGCCAUGUUGGCCAUGGCGUAUUGAACCAGGGAAAGGGAGCGGAGCUACUGGGAAAAGUAGACCGAGAGAGAGCGACCAAGAUCCGGGCCUUCCCGGCACGGCUCGCCCCGCCAUAUUAGACCUAUAGCCAGUCGAAACCAAAAGCUCCGGGAUCACGAAAUAAAACCAUCCAUGACAGCUUUAAUCGGAUCCGUGGUGAAUAUUAGGAGAUCGGAUAGAUUUAUGCUGCAUCUCGAGUUAUAAAAAAUGAGUAAAUUGUCGUUUCGGGCACGGGCGCUGGACGCUUCCAAGCCGCUCCCCGUCUUCCGUUGUGAGGACCUUCCCGAUCUGCACGAAUAUGCCUCCAUUAACCGGGCAGUGCCGCAGAUGCCGACGGGGAUGGAGAAAGAGGAGGAAUCGGAGCACCAUCUGCAACGGGCGAUCUCAGCACAGCAGGUGUAUGGAGAGAAGAGGGACAACAUGGUGAUUCCCGUGCCCGAGGCAGAGAGCAACAUCACUUACUAUGAUUCCCUCUACGCAGGGGACUUCAAGAUGCCCAAGCAGCUUAUACACAUCCAGCCCUUCAACUUGGACACGGAACAGCCAGACUAUGACUUGGACUCGGAUGACGAGGUGUUUGUGACCAAGCUGAGGAAGAAGUUGGAGGUGGGGGCGCUGCAGUUUGAGGAGAUGAUUGACCGGCUGGAGAAAGGCAGCGGACAGCAGUUGGUGACUCUGCAGGAGGCAAAGCUCCUUUUGAAGGAGGAUGAUGAGCUGAUCAGGGAGGUGUUUGAGUACUGGAGCAAGAAAAGGAAGUCAUGUCAGAGUGGAUCUCUCAUUCCAACCGUGAAACAGGAAAAGCGAGACGGUUCUAGCACAAACGACCCCUACGUGGCCUUCAGGCGCAGAACUGAGAAAAUGCAGACGAGGAAGAACCGUAAGAAUGAUGAGGUUUCGUAUGAGAAGAUGUUGAAGUUAAGGAGAGACCUGAGCAGAGCCGUCACCAUUUUGGAGAUGAUCAAGCGACGUGAGAAAAGCAAGAGAGAAUUGCUGCACCUCACACUGGAGAUAGUGGAGAAAAGGAAUGGCAUGGCCGAUUUUGGUGGUGAGGUGAUGGCAGAAGUUUUGGCUCAGAGGGCUCUGGAGAAGCCGGUGAUCCCCCUGAUCCCAAUCACCAACAGCAACCAGUACAGACACGCAGAGCAUGAUCGUGACUACAAGAGCAAGGUGGACAAGCCAGAAGUGGUGCGUCAGAAGAGAAAGUAUGAGAAGAAGCCGAAGCCGUUGCCGCUGGCUAGCUCUCACCACUCCAGCCCUGCAGCCUUCAACACUAAAGACCUCAACCAGUACGACUUCCCCAGCUCAGAUGAAGAGCCCUACUCACAGCUGUUUUCUGGCUCAUCGGAGGCAGAAGAGGAGAAUGAUCCUGAUGGUGUGUUUGCAUUCAGGAGAAGAUCCGGCUGCCACUAUCACGCUGUGCGUGAGGGACAGGCUGGUUCCUGGCGUUGGUCAGACCCUGCGGAGGGAGGUUUAGGAGAUGUUCGCUACCGAUACUCUCUCACCACACUCACAAUACCACGACGAUGUAUAGGGCUGGCACGGCGGCGGGUUGGGAGAGGGGGCAGGGUUUUGUUGGACCGAGCCCACUCUGACUGGGAUGCUGUCUAUCAUGGGCUGAACCUGGAAUCCCCUGCAUCUCCCGCUCCCUCACCCGCCCACCAGCCUUUUACUACUUAUACCUCGCACACCUUCGUCAGUACCUCCUCCUCUGCUUCUGCUCCUUCCUCUUCACCCUCCUCAUCCUCACCGGACCUCUCACAGAUCCUUCGGAAUAUCAAAGCCAGCCGCUGGAGGCACUUCAGACCCCGACCAGCGCUGCUCAAUGACCCCGACAACCCUCAGCCUGGUUUUGCACGGAGACCUGGCCGCGGCCACCUCAUCCAGCCAAUCAACACGCUUACACGAAGUCGAGCCAACAGCAGAACGCUACCCCCUCCACCCACGCCUGUGUUCACAGCUGAGCAGUACCAGCAGCAUCAGGAGCAGCUGGUGUUGAUGCAGAAACAGCAGCUGGAGCAGGCACAGCAACAGCAAAGAACCAACGCCAACACACAGAGCUCGUCAUCUAAUAUUUUAGACUCUGCGAGUGCGCAAUUUGCUGCUUCUGCACUGGUGAACACAGACCAGCUGAUUGCAGUGAAGAGCAAGGAGGAAGGAAUUCUGGGAGUUGGAGUCAACGGAGUUGUAUCGGCCUCAGGAGUAUACAAGGGCUUGCAUCACACGAGCACAACCUCCGCCAGCCCCACCCCCUCCUCUAACCACCAGUGUGACGCCCCUACCUCCACCCCCAACAACGGAACCUCCUCAGCCAAUCAUCACGUUGGCUCUGCCAGCCCCGCCCCUGCGCAGGCACUAUUAGCUGGGGCUGUAAGAGUAGGCGUGCCAACGCCAGCGGCAACACUGAGUGUGCGGCAUCUCCAGCGGCAGCUCACAGUCCCGGCCUCCGCCCUCAAACUCGCCGCUAAUGCCAACAGACAGAUCCCGAAAGUCACAGCAGGGUCAACUGCCCUCGACAUGGGGACCAGGGAAAACCACGAUCAAGAGAAGCCAACAUUGAACAGUAUAACGGAAAACACAGUAGCCAUGGAGGUUACGUAGCCCCACCGGCCCUGCACCCCCUUCCUUCUCCCGCCACCCCGACAUUUGGGGCAUCUACUCUAGGUGCUGUGCAUCGUAGUGACGCUGUGUUUCCAUGGCAACCGUUGGGACUUUACUGCAAUGCUUGUCUUUUUUUUUCUUUUUCUUUGUUACUGUUAAAAAAAAAAA